ACUUAAAGGCAAAUUCUCAUACAGCAGUGUCUUCUGAUUCUUUGAUCAAGAAAGACGUGCUGCAAACAAGUGUAUAAGAUGUCGGAAAAAACCUGUUGCCAUGGUCCCGGUUACGCAACUCCAUUGGAUGCUAUGAAAAAUGGACCUCGGGAGACUCUUCUCUAUACGGUGACAAUUCAACCCAAUUUGGAUGAGGAGCACGGUGAUUAUCUAUCAACAAUUGAUGUGGACCCCGAUAGCCCCACAUACUGUCAGAUAGUUCAUCGCAACUUUACGAACCGAAAGGGAAACGAGUUGCACCAUUCGGGUUGGAAUGCUUGCUCCAGUUGCUACUACGUGGACAAGAAUGCCAAAUCGGUGCCCAAGAGAAAUCGCUUGGUAUUGCCGGCAAUUAAUUCCGACUUUAUUUAUGUACUUGACGUGGCAACGGAUCCACGAAAGCCCGAAAUCAUUAAAGUGAUCGACGGAGACGUAUUAAAGAGCCACAAUGUAACUGCUCCUCAUACGACCCACUGCUUGGCUAAUGGAAAUAUAAUGAUAUCCGUAUUGGGCGAUGCCAAUGGUUACGCCAAGGGUGAUUUCAUCUUGUUUGAUUCCGAAUUUAACUGCAUCGGAACGUGGACAAAGGGAGAACGUAAGGCGUUAUGUGGCUAUGAUUUCUGGUAUCAGCCCUAUUAUGAUGUUAUGGUUUCUACCGAAUGGGGAGCUCCCAAUAAAUUUCGACGUGGCUGGAAGGAUGAAGAUUUGAAGGACUUGACCCAGUAUGGAUGCCGACUCAAUUUUUACAAAUGGUCAACUCAAACACUUUAUCAAACCAUUGAUCUUGGAGUUGAUGGUAUUACACCAUUAGAAGUGCGUUUUUUGCACGAUCCCAAACGCCCCGAUGGAUAUGUUGGAUGUGCCUUAAACGCGAAGGUUUAUUAUUUCAAAAAGAAAUCCGACUCGGAUGAGUUCGAUGUUAAGAAAGUCAUUGAUAUACCUCAUAAGCUCGUGGAUACUGGAAGUGGCACUGCUACUGAGAUGGGUGGCAUGAUUUCAGAUAUAAUAAUAUCUUUGGAUGAUAGAUUUCUUUAUGUUAACUUGUGGCGUCACGGUGACGUUAGACAAUAUGAUAUAACCAAUCCGGAAGAACCCAAACUCACGGCUCAAGUGUUUAUGGGAGGUGCCAUAUGCAACGAUCUACCAGAUAUUAUUGUGAAAGAGGAUAGAGAGUUAAGUGAAAGGCCACCUCCGCGCUAUGUUAAGGGUCGUCGCUUGGAAGGCGGUCCACAGAUGAUGCAGCUUUCCCUUGAUGGCAAGCGCUUGUAUGUGUCCUCUUCACUUUAUUCGCCCUGGGAUAAGCAGUUUUAUCCCAAUAUGGUGUCCAAAGGUGGUCAUGUGUGCCUUAUUGAUGUCGACGUGGUCAACGGAGGAAUGAAGUUGAAUGAAGAUUUCUUGGUUGAUUUUGGAAAGGAACCGUAUGGGCCAAGUCUACCGCAUGAGAUGCGCUAUCCAGGUGGCGAUUGUACUUCUGAUAUUUGGUUAGCCAACGAUUCUUAAGAUGCAUUCGAUUCCAUACUAUUCUGGGCAAUUGCAAUCAAUAUAUAAAGUUGAGUAUGCUUGAUUUGUUGCUAAAAA